GGUGCCGUCGUGACGUCAAACCUAAACAAGAAGCAGUUUGCUGUUGAUUAUUGCCAGAUAAACUAAGUGGAUUUUCUCUCCAUUGGCAACUUUUAUCGUUAUGUCUCAGGACCCGUGGUUACAGAAUUAUGACGCCACUUGUCGCUUGGCACAGGAAACCGCAGAAAACAUUCAUGUGCGCAACAGGCAACAGAGAACAGGGGGAAACCCUGCAAAGAUCAACAUGACACUGCGAGCAUCACUGCAGAAGCUCAAACAGAACAUUGCCCAGCUUAAAGAGGGUUUGUUGCGAGCAUCAUCAAGUCGGCGCUUGAUGCAGUCAGAAGCUGAUAGGAGGCAGAACCUCAUUGACGACCUGCUAACCAGAGAGAAGCAGCUCAAUGCCACCUUCAAGGGAGACUUCAUGGAGCCUGAACCUUCAAGGUCGACGUUGAUGGGCUCGGGGGCGGGAUCGAGCGGAGGCGUUGUGGCCAACCCCUGGCUGGUCAACGAAUCAGAGGAAACCACGGGGCUGACCUUUGGGGAGAUCAAACAGCAGCAACAACGAAUCAUCGAAGUGCAGGACGCGGGCUUGGACGCGCUCGCCGCCGUCAUCAGCAGACAGAAGAUAAUGGGCCGGGAGAUCGGCAAUGAGCUGGAUGAACAGAACGAAAUCAUUGACGACCUCUCGCACCUCGUGGACAAGACGGACGACAGGAUUCGCAACGAGACCAGAAGAGUGAAGCUGGUGGAGACAAAGUCGGCCUCCUGUGGGAUGCUGGUGGUGAUCGUGCUGCUCCUCAUCGCCAUCGUGGUGAUCGCCGCGUGGCCCGUGUAGCCGACGAGGACCAACGGCGGCAGCCUGGAAAGCUUUUUGCAUCGACUCCACACGCAACAAACGAACAUUGCCUCUUAAAUGGAGACCCUUUAGGGGUCCAACCAAGCCAAUGGGAAAGGAAGCCUCCUUCUUUCUUUUUUUAUAUAUAUAUAUAUAUAUAUAUAUGCACGCUUGUUCUAACAAAUUUGCAAUGUGUCAAAUGGUUACAUUCUGGAGGGGUUCUGGACCGUGACGCUCUGUCCGUGGUUCUGGAGCGGGGCUCACACCGACGGGCCGUGCGAUCCUCGCAACCUUUACGCUCCAUCCUACGUAUUUUAUAACGUUCAUCUCAGCUCAAACUGACAUGGCUGCUUCUCCCUUCCCUCGUAAAUCAACUCCCCUCGUAAUUGCUGAUAAAUGGCAUUUCCAGUUUAAAGGUCUGCGGACUCCAGUGUGUCUGAAGAUACUAGUACCACCUCCCCAGAUUUCCAUUUGGACACCGGCAUAGUAUUUUGUCUGCUGUACCUUGUGACAUUAUGAACGGGCUACUGGUAAACGCAGAAAAGCUCUCGCUGUGCCGUGUGGAAUGACUUAAUAAAUGAAACAUGAUCAUUCAACUCAA